AGAAAAAGUUCAUUUAAAUAUAUUGUUAUUGUAUUCAUAACGAGAGCUUUUUCCCUGUCAAAAUGAGAACUGUACCAAAAUGGGUUAAUAAAAUUCACGAAGCUGAUAAAGUAGAGUGCUCAAGUGUACAAACUAUAUGCUUUAGUCCAGAUGGGACCCAGUUAGUUGUAGGAGCUGGCGAAAAAAUUAUGGUAUAUGACCCUAAAGAAGGUGCUUUAGUUCAACUUCUCCAGGCACAUAAAGGCCCAGUACAUGCUGUCGACUAUUGCAAAGAUGGCAAGAAGUUUGCGAGCGGUAGUGCUGAUAAAAAUGUUAUUAUCUGGAAUUCUAAAAUGGAAGGCAUACUCAAAUAUUCCCACAGUGAAGCCAUACAAUGUCUCGCAUAUAAUCCAGUCACUUAUCACUUGGCAUCAUGUGCAUUGUCCGAUUUUGCAUUUUGGUCUGCAGACGUGAAGGCUGUACAAAAGGUUAAAUUAUCUGGAAGAAUAACCAGUUGUGCUUGGUCUUGGAAUGGACAAUAUUUAGCAAUAGGGCUGGCUAGUGGUGCAGUUUCAAUGAGAGAUAAAAUUGGUGAAGAACUGCAAAGGAUAGAGAGGGAUGCAGCGGUGUGGGCAGUUGCCUUUUCAAAGAACACCCUAUUAAUCACUGAUUGGAAUGAAACACUUUCUUUUUAUGACGUACUUGGACAGCAAGUUGGCAAGGAUAAAAAUAUUGGUUUAGCAGCAUUAUCAAUAUCAGUUGUGGGAGCUCUAGUACUAGUCGGUGGAAUUGGUGGUUGGUCAGUACUAACAUCUGAGGGGACUUUAAUUGUUAAUACUGAAUUGGAGUGGGUCUGGUCCAUCGCCCCGUCGCCGACAUUCAAUAGCUUGGCUGUUGCAUGUCAAGAUGGAAGUUUGUGGUGUUAUCAAGUGGUCUUCAACACAGUACAUGGUUUAUACAGAGACAAGUACGCAUACAGGGAAAACAUGACUGAUGUUAUUAUACAGCAUCUCUCGUCAGGAAAUAAAGUUAGAAUAAAAUGCCAUGAUAAAGUUCAGAAGAUUGCAAUAUACAAACAAAAAUUAGCAGUACAACUACCAGAAAGGGUAUUGAUUUAUGAACAAACUGAUACAGACGGCUUAAUGUAUAGAGUGAGAGAUAAACUUGCUCAAAGGGCAGAAUGUUCUCUCCUUGUAGCAACCAGUCAAACUCUUCUAUUAUGUCAGGAUACCAAAUUAGCUUUACUAGGAGUUCAAACACCAAAGACAUGGGAAAUGCCUGCGCCCAUACGUUAUGUUAAAGUUACAACCUUGUAUUUUCAAGAGGUUCUACUUCUAGGAUUAUUAAAUGGACAAAUAUACCAAGUAGAAGUACAAACGGGUAACUCCAAAGUGCUACUCCACACGCCGGCCAGCGUGCGCUGUCUAGACGUGAACGCGUCGCGCACGCGGCUAGCGGUCGUGGACGAGGCGUCCGUGUGCCGCGUGUAUGCGCUGCCUACUGGAGAGCUGUUGUUCACUGAGGAAAAUAUAUCAUCUGUCUCAUACAACCUGUGGUUUGAUGAUCUUCUCUGCCUGUCUGGGGGAGACCUGUUAUCUAUAAAGGCCAGCAACUUUCCCGCAGCUACACAACCACUCAAUGGGUCCGUUGUUGGUUUUCAGGGUGGUCGAGUAUUUUGCCUGCAGUCCAACUCCAUGCAAUCUAUAAAUGUUCCACUCUCACAUGCAGUUCACCAAUAUGUCCAACAAAAGAUGUUCAAUGAGGCGUACGCAGUAGCCUGUUUAGGAGUAACUGCAUUAGAUUGGGAGCGACUUGGUACAGCUGCGUUAGAAGAAUUGUCCUUUGAAGUGGCCAAAAAAGCCUUCCAGAGAAGCGAGAAUAUUAUGUUCCUUACUCUUAUAGAUCAGUUGCAGGAGCGAUUAGACACAGGAGAUCGAAGAGCAGUGAUAACAGGCGAUGUACUUGCUUAUCGAGGCCGUUACGCAGAUGCGGCGAGAUCCUACCAGAGUAUAGCGAGAGACGACAAGGCACUGGACAUGUAUGUGGACUUGAGAAUGUUUGGGAAGGCUCAAGAAUUCGUCGGUGAAGGUGAGAGUCUCACAGCAUUAACACGUAGAAGAGCGGAGUGGGCGCGUCGAGUGAACGAGCCAAGAGCGGCGGCUGAAAUGUAUCUAGCGGCUGGAGAUGUUAAGAGAGCGGCUACCAUACUGGCUGAGAGCGGGAAACGAGACAUGCUAAUAGAACUAGCGCGCAAAAUGGACAAGGGUUCAAGCGAGUCGCUCCGGCACCUAGCCGACGCACUUGUGACGGCCGGCGAGUAUCCCACCGCUGGUGAUGUGUAUGCAAGACUUGGCGAUUAUAGAAAAGUAGCUCAGUUAGCAGUGAACACUGGCGAAUGGUCGCGAGCGUUCGCGUUAGCUCGCGAACACCCAGAGUGCAAACACGACGUGUACUUGCCGUACGCGCACCGAAUGGCGCAGGAAAAUAAAUUCGUUGAGGCACAAAAAGCGUACUACAUGGCGGGUGAGACAGCAACAGCCGAGCGAGUGCUGAGCGUGCUAGUGAAGAACGCAGUGAGCGAGGAGCGGUUUAGUGACGCGGGCUACUUGCACCACUUGCUGGCCGCACAGUGCUUGGAAACGGCUGCAGAUAGUCACGGUGAGCGCGCUACACCGCUGCACCGGUACGCGCACAACGACCGGCUGGCGCGUAUCUACCACGCGUACGACGCGGUGCACCGCUGCGUGCACGAGCCGUUCGCGCUGAGCCAGCCGGACGCGCUGCUGAACGCGGCGCGGUUCGUGCUCGCCGCGCUCGAGGGGGAGCCGCCGCCUGGCGUCUCUAUGUUCUGCCUUUAUCUGUGUAUGGCGAAACAAGCGAAGGUAUUGAACGCCAAUCUAUUGGCCCGCAAGAUGCUGGACAAAAUUUUGGCUCUACAAAUUCCGCAGAAGUUUCAGGAGAGCGUAGAGCUGCUGAUGCUGAAGAGCGGCGGCAGUGCUGGCGAGGGCGAGGAGGAGGUGUCCCCGCUGUGCUGGCGCUGCCGCCGGCACGCGCCGCCGCUCGCCGCGCGCUGCCCGCGCUGCGCCCACGCGCUCGUGCACUCGCUGGCCACGCACGAAGUCCUGCCAUUGGUGCAAUUCGUCCCAGCGGAGGGUAUAACUUAUGAAGAGACGUUACAACUAAUCGAAAGAAUGCCGCUACCAGAAGAGAAAAUGGAAGAACAUUCCGAAAUAUUAACAAUCAAUCACGAUAUUGAUACUGCUGACCCUUUCUUGGAUAAAAUUGACGAGGAUGACGAUACCGGCGUGGUAGUGUGCAGUAGACAGGCAUUGUUGCAGUUGAACCCAGCCGCAGUGCUGAUUGUGAACAAGCGGCCGCUCACUCCGCUGUUCUAUAGGAACAUGCUGCCGGAACUGCCCGUCACUGUGUGCGAUGGGUGUAGUAAUUUGUUCUACAUGGAGGACUACGAAAUACAAGUAUUGACGAAGGGUCACUGCGGCUUCUGUAGGUAUUCCGUCGAAGAGGACAAAUCUCGAGAGAGCUCUAUACAAGACUCGUCUAACAACGACUCUAACGAAUCCACACCGAACAGUCCAAGCAAUGGACACAAUAUGUCGUGGCGAUAAUUGAACCUUAUUUAUUACAUAUCGUAUAUCGCAGAAAUUCUGUUGUAUGUGUUCUUAUUUUCACGUUUGUGUCUCUUUGAUAAUGUACUUUUUCUAUGAAAGAAUAAGUAUUUUAUUAAUAGCUGUAAAAAGUUACGCACAAAGAUUAUUUUGUUAAACAUGAUGUAAGCCAUAUUUUAUUGUACAGUAUUAUAUUGAAUAUGUGUUUUUACAUAUUCGCCAAUAAUUUCGUCAAUGUAUUGUUGCGACCGUAUUUACUAGGUAUUAUUAGAUGUAAUUAAGUACAAAAGACCAGUUCUCAAUGCAAUUUGCCCCAAUACUUAAUGUUUUGAUAACUCGGAACAACAAUGAAUGUAUUUUAACAAUUGUUAAUGAUUUACAAACAAUACGUUUACGCUAAAGUUGUCUAAAUAUCAAUUCAGUGGAGCCAGAUAUUGUUAUUGUUUCAUAAUGAUAAUAAUUGGUUAUUUAACUACAAGUUUUGCAUCGCUCGCAAUGCCCGUAUUAAAUUGAUGUUGCAAUGUUCAAAACUAUGUGUAUAAAGCCGAAUACGUUUUUUGAUUAAAAUUUUAAUAGUUUGGUUACAGGAUUUAUUUUGAAAAUGUAAAUUGUUAUUCACUUAAUUACUUAUUGAUUUUUCGAAUGUUUAAUAUGUUGGUGAAAAUUGUUUUCGUAACGAGUUGUUUUAACAGGCGCUGUUUAAUCGGUGCCUUGUUAACUAAAUAUUAUUAAUUGUGUUAAAAUGUUUCUCUUUUGUUGCUAAAUCCGAAUUUUUAUUAUGAAUGUAUGAAGAUGAGUUGACCACUCAGAAUGCAGUCAAUACUUCUUUAUUUCUGUAAAUAAGACAGAAACGUUUAUUGUAUUAUAAUAUUUUUUUUUAAUUUAAAUCUGACCAUUUAUUUUUUUCCAAUAACAUGAAACAAAUGUUACACAUUUAUUGAAUUAUGGAUAACUUUCUAACGAAUUAUUCGUUAGAAAGUUAAGUCUAAUUGGAAAGAAUUCAAUAUUAAACUGGAAAAGUGUAACGAAUCUUCCUUCUUCACUUUGAAAACUAUUGAUUACAAAACUGACUCCCAGAAAUAUUCUUGUAUUCUUAGUUUUAUGUACGAUCUGUCCAUUAGUAGUAUUUAAGUAUUCUUAUGUGUAUAUUUGAAUGCAAUAUGUGAUACAAA